UCAAAAGUAUGGCAUAUUACAAAGCAAGGUUAAAGGAAUUUGACGAAAUUCUUUUUCGAGAUGUCGUUAAUUUAAGAGAAUUAAAAAAACUAUCAUUUCACGGUGAGAGGAUAGUGGGAGUGUCUGUGGGUUUUUGUUUUUAUUUUUGUUGUGCCUUUUUAGGAAUACCAGAUGAUCAAGGUAAACGAGCCCUUUGUUGGAAAUUACUUCUAAACUAUUUACCACCUGAACGUGAGAAAUGGAUUCCACAUUUGCAAGAAAAACGAUCUUUAUACAAACAAUUUAUAGAGGAAAUGAUAGUUAUGCCUGGAGAAAAUGAAGCAAAUGGGGACGUUACCCUAGGGGAUCACCCCCUAAGUAUAAAUCCAGAUAGUGAAUGGCAAACGUUCUUUAAAGAUAACGAAGUUUUGCUACAGAUAGACAAAGAUGUAAGAAGACUGUGUCCAGACAUAUCAUUUUUUCAACAACCUACCGAUUUCCCUUGUACUAAAAUAGUUAAUAGUAACGAUGUUAAACGAUUACACACAAGAGUCCAAAGGAGAGUUCUGAAAUGUGCAAAUGUCGAAAGGAAAGGCUUAGGAAUCACAAAGAUAGCAUUGUCAAUAAAAAAAGCAAAUGAAGACUAUGCCCCUAUGGCUGAGGGUAAGGAAGCCCAUUGGGAAGUUGUAGAGAGAAUAUUAUUUUUAUAUGCGAAACUGAACCCCGGGCAAGGAUACGUUCAAGGCAUGAACGAAAUUAUCGGACCUAUAUAUUAUGCUUUCGCAUGCGAUCCUGAUAUUACUUUUAGAGAAUAUGCCGAAUCAGAUUGCUUCUUUUGUUUCACAAAUUUAAUGUCCGAGAUCAGAGAUUUUUUUAUAAAAAGCCUAGAUGAGUCCGAGAGAGGUAUAAACAAAAUGAUGAGCAAAAUGCUAGUUGAACUAAAAAAUUGUGAUUUAGACAUUUGGCUUAGAUUUCAACAGCUGGAUUUGAAACCGCAAUUUUAUAGUUUUAGAUGGAUCACGUUGCUUCUUUCACAAGAGUUUCCAUUGCCUGAUGUCCUUAGGAUAUGGGAUUCCCUCUUUUCAGAUGAGAAACGGUUCGAUUUCCUGAUUUAUGUGUGUUGCGCGAUGAUUGUAAUACUUCGUAAUCAAUUAUUAGAAGGAGAUUUUCCGUCCAAUUUAAAAUUACUCCAAAAUUUUCCUCCGAUGGAUGUUCAAAUUAUAUUAUCAAAAGCUGUUCAGUUAUCGAAGCAGAAACUUUUUUAAAUUUUACACGAUAUACAUAAAAAAUUUUUAAUUA